AUGGUUGCUGAAAUAAGUAGUCCUGCUACAACAUUCCGUCAGUAUCCCCACCCUUGUAUCCUCCGCAAUGUUCCUCUGUUCCUUGAAUGGCUACUAAAUCCCGUAGAGAGAGUCGACUCUCAACCGGAGAAUCCCUACGCUGCAUUGAUUGAGGACCAGUCCAUUGCAAUCGUCCCGCACUUCACACUUGAGUCCGGUGUCACAUUACACAAUGUGCCGGUCGCUUACACCACACGUGGUGUUCUUUCCCCCAAUGGUGACAAUGUGCUGGUGAUUUGCCAUGCUCUCAGCGGCAGCGCCGAUGUCGCUGACUGGUGGGGUCCGCUUUUGGGAGGACCCGGCCAGGCCUUUGAUGUAUCUCGAUUCUUUGUGGUCUGCUUGAACAGUCUCGGCAGUCCCUAUGGCAGUGCGAGUGCCGUCACCUACAAAGAUGGAAAGUCUGAGAAUGGCUACUAUGGGCCUGAAUUUCCUCUCACCACCGUUCGGGAUGACGUGAAUCUUCACAAGCUGAUCUUAGACGAUCUCGGUGUCAAACAGAUCGCUGCCGUGGUUGGUGGGUCAAUGGGGGGUAUGCUCACUUUAGAAUGGUCUUUCUUCGGCAAGAACUAUGUUCGCGCUAUUGUCCCGAUCGCAACCUCUGCUCGUCAUUCAGCCUGGUGCAUCAGCUGGGGCGAAGCGCAAAGGCAGAGCAUUUACAGUGAUCCCAAGUAUGACGACGGUUACUACCCCUUUAACGACCCGCCAGCGACCGGUCUCGGCGCAGCUCGCAUGUCCGCGCUACUUACCUAUCGAAGCCGGAAUUCAUUCGAGUCGCGAUUUGGACGCAACGUUCCCGACCCAACAAGACGCCAGAAUAUCAACGGCAAAGACCGGCUGCCCAGUCCGCCAAAUGAGCACUGGGCCAUCCACAACGAUGGCCACCGCGGUGGAACCACCUCUCGCUCGGAGAGUCGACAACAAUCGCCUGGGCCUCAAAGCGACGUUCAGUACAUGGAUCCACAGUUCUCGGGCACAAAGACAUUCUCAGCCCCCUUGCCGACUAAGCCUGACGGCCGCCCGCGUCCGCCGACAUACUUCUCUGCACAAUCGUACCUUCGCUAUCAGGGUGACAAAUUUGUGAAGCGAUUCGAUGCGAAUUGCUACAUUGCGAUGACUCGCAAGCUUGAUACUCAUGACGUGUCUCGGCAUCGUGCCAAUCCCGAUGCAGAGGAUCCGGUGCGAGAAGCUCUCUCUCAAAUUGAACAGCCCGCUCUUGUCAUCGGCAUCGAAUCUGAUGGCCUAUUCACAUUUGCUGAGCAGCAAGAGAUUGCCGCGGGUAUCCCUGAUUCUCGCUUAGAACGCAUUGAUAGUCCUGAAGGUCACGAUGCCUUUUUGCUUCAGUUCGAGCAGGUCAAUCGUCACAUUGUGGCUUUCUUCCAUGAAGUCCUUCCUGACAUCAUGAGUCAAUCCAAUGUCGACGGUGCCGCUGCCGUUGCCAGUGUCACCAAAAUGACGAAGAGCAGCACCUUUGGUGAGGCCGAGGUGGAGGACAUUACCGCGUGGUAA